AUGGCAACACGCAACCAUGCUCUUACAGGCUGCGGCGCCUGCCGUAUGCGUCACUUGAAAUGCGAUGAAGCUCGUCCGCGGUGCCAGCUGUGGCAGAUCGGUGGUCUGGUCUGCCCUGGCUAUACAUGUCAACUCAAAUGGAGUCAAGGUACCGAGAGUCCGCAAAACGAGGAGACGGAGGAGCGCAUCUUCCGCCGGCCAUUGUUCUCAGUUGAUGAGCAAGAUUCAGUGACACAGAGUAUUGUUGACAGCCUGGGCAAGCGAAGCACGAGUGCUGCCUUGGCCUACUUGGACCGAAAGACCAAGUCCUGCACAGCAACAGCUCUAUCACCUAACUCAAACUUGUUCCAGGGACUGUUUAAUCUGCAGGCGUUGCCAUGUUGUGAGCUCACCCUGAACGAUGAUGAUGAUGCGAAUAGCGUCCCCUUCAGCGAUGGACAUGUCGAUGCCAGCCCUUGCUUUCAAUAUGUCGACUCCCACUACACUUCUGCCGAAGGAACAUUCGCCACUUUCUCUGAUAUCACACUCGACUUCGAGUGCCUGCAAGCUGAUCCCUCCGGGUGCGCCCGAACUGCUGCGCCAUUUCAAGGAUCGUAUAGUUUCUUCUUCGUUUCCGCUCAAAAGCGUCCGAAAAUGUCUGUGGCGGAGAAUCCAUCUGCCAGUGGCUUUGAGAACAUUUGCCGGACUCUCAAAUGA